UGAUUGACUGGGGGUGUGCGCAGGGAUGCGCGGCGGCGACGGCGCGCCGUAGGUGUCAUGAGGAACAUGGCGGCGGCCACGGGAGCCUGAGGGCGCUGGGGAGGCGCCGUGAGGUUUCCGUACAGCUCGAGCGCGCAGUUCCCUGCGCCGGGGUCUCUCACCGCGCGCGUCCUCCCGGGUGCCCGGGCGCGAUGUGGAGGAGCUGCCUCCGGCUGCGGGGCCGGGGGCGCCGCCUCCUAAAUUGGUCCCCGGGUGACCCCACCGCGUCCGCGAGGCUGGCGCUCGCCCCCCAGGCUCCGGCCCGGGCCUACGCGCCCCCGACAGAAAGGAAGAGGUUUUAUCAGAAUGUCAGCAUCACACAGGGUGAAGGUGGCUUUGAGAUAAACCUGGACCACAGAAAGCUGAAAACUCCCCAAGCCAAGCUCUUUACCGUCCCCAGCGAGGCCCUGGCCAUUGCAGUGGCCACUGAAUGGGACUCCCAGCACGAUACCAUCAAGUUCUACACCAUGCACUUGACUACACUGUGCAACACCUCCUUGGACAACCCAACUCAGCGCAGCAAGGAUCAGGUGAUUCGGGCAGCUGUGAAGUUUCUGGACACUGACACCGUCUGCUACAGAGUAGAAGAGCCAGAGACAUUAGUGGAACUUCAGAAGAACGAGUGGGAUCCAAUCAUAGAAUGGGCUGAGAAGAGGUAUGGCGUGGAGAUCGGCUCCUCCACCAGCAUAAUGGGACCUAGCAUCCCUGACAAGACCCGGGAGGUGCUUGUCAGCCACCUGGCAUCUUACAAUAUGUGGGCUCUGCAAGGGAUUGAGUUUGUGGUGGCCCAGCUCAAGUCCAUGGUGCUAACCUUGGGCCUGAUGGACCUGCGCCUGACGGUGGAACAGGCUGUGUUGCUGUCACGCUUGGAGGAGGAGUACCAGAUCCAGAAGUGGGGCAAUAUCGAAUGGGCCCAUGACUAUGAGCUCCAGGAGCUGCGGGCCCGCACCGCUGCUGGCACCCUCUUUGUCCACCUCUGCUCAGAGAACACCACGGUCAAGCACAAGCUUCUGCAGGAGUGAGGCCUGUGCUGUGCAUGCCAGCUGGAUGGACUCUGCACAGCCACAGCUUCCUUUCCCUGGGGCUUUCCUGGUCUGUGGGGCUUCCUUGACUUGCAGAGCUGCCUUGGCUUGCAACUAUGGGCCUCCCCUGACCUGCAGGGCUUGGCCUUGCAUAGCAUUUCCCUGAGGUGCCCCUGAUACAGUGUGGCCGUCUAGAGGUCAGCCUGAUUCCAACCCAGGUACCCCUGGCCUGGCCAGCAUCAAAUGCGGGGGACGAGUUGUACAAAUGUCUUUCUCUUGACCCUGAUGGUAUUAAAUAUUGCUCCACCCUGGAAAUGUGUCAAGUCCCUUUUUCAUGGGUGCCUCUGUGUUUCCCCAUUCUUGUUUUGCCUGGGUUUUGUCACCAAGGUUGAACAGCUUAUCUCCCAGGCACAUUCUGAUAUCUGCUGCCCAUGGUAGGAAACCUCACGCUGGGGAAACAAUCAUGUCACCAGCAGACAACUCUAUUUGUGUCUUCAGCCUCUGCCUGGAGGGCUUUUUUUCCCUGGUUUUUCAUCAAACAAUCUUUUGAAAGCGAGUCCUUGGUCUAAGCUGGUUGUUUCUGUUUGUUCCUGCUGUUCUUGGAAAAAAUGAAUUACUCUUGAAAAUAGAAAAUAUAAGUUGUUUCUGGUUUAGAAGCCCUGGCAGGCCUGCCAAGGUCACCUAAAAUGUAUUGCUGUAAUUUGAAUCUGGAAUCUAAAUGUUUGUUCCUCAGAGUGGUGCUGUUGGGAGGUAUUGGAACCUUUAAGACACAGGGCCAUGUGGGAGGUUUUUAGGUGAUUUGGGAUGUAACCUCAAAGGGGAUUAUAGGACUACAGCUCCUUCUGCUUGCUCUCUUUUGCUUUCUGGCCACGAAGCGGACUGUUUUGCUUUACUACAUACUUUUAUCAUGAUGUGUCCCUCACCACAGUCCUCAGGUCAGCAGGGGCCAUACCUGGUCAUGGACUGAACCCUCUGAAACUGUGAACCAAAAUAAAACGUUUUUUUCUCUUUA